CAUGUCGACAUUGAUGUUUCAUUUUUUUAUGGGUGGCUGUGACGUGGAAAUCAGCAUAUUGACAAUGAAGAUCUGAGAGUUUUUCGUCGCAAAUUGAAUAUCAUGAAACGACAUGAAUUUCUGUGGGAGCCUUACACAGCAACUGUGAUGUCAGCGUUGCCUCCAAUUUGUGUGGUUGGAAGUGUAGCGUGGUUCGCGGUGGUGCCACUGAUUUGUUUCCAUGUUGUUGAGUGGCACCAACCUGAUAGAGUUUGUGACAAUUUGGAAUGCAACAACCUAUUCCCAGGUGUCCUUCGCAACCGUAGAAUCUCCAUGGCAUAACGCUCAAAGGCAAACAAGAUGAAAAUUGGGGACAAUUAUGGGCCCCACUGAUAAGUCAAUGGAACAAUCGAGCUGAGUUUAGGGUCGACGUUUUUUCUCGACAAGAUGGCCUGUUGAGUUUUAACUCCGACUACAUGGUCUGGUAUAGGCGAAAAACAAAAAUGUUUGUUGACCCGAACAAUGCAAGCACAACUACAUUGAUUGAAGUUGUGGAGACUUUACAGUAUAUGGUGUCACCACAAGGGAGGAACACGUGGACGGUUGAUGAUCUCGUGCCUUACGUGGAAAAGUUAACAAUUUUAUCCGAAGAGCAAAAGAGAAUCACAGAGCCUGUGUCACAUGGUCCAGCAUCAGAGCGUCAAUUUUCAGCACAAGAGUUUCACAUUCUUCAGCUAAGUGUUGAAACUCGGGGCAUAGGUAGACGAAGGGAGGCUGUUGAAACGGAAGAAUAUUCCCAACAAAUUGUGGAGCGUGACCAUGGAAUGUACUACACGCCAACAACAUUUUCUCAAUAUCCUUAUGCAUGUCAUCACACUGAUACUUCUGCAAGCGAACAUUCGUUCGGUGGUGUUGCGGAAACACAUUCUCAUUUUUCAUGGCCGACUAUGACUCCUUCACAGCAACACGAUGCCCCAAUUGCAACACCUAACGCCUCAUUAGGUACGCAAUGGAAUGUACCUGGAGCAAUACCUGAUAUCGGUGACUUAUUAGGUGUUGAUUUGUGUCACCAAUUUUCAGCUGAGGCGGACGAAGUAGAAGCGGGGAGACAUCGGGGCAGAAGAAAUCCUGAUCGUCAAACGCGAAGAUGGGAUCGACCAUGUGGCACAUCCUCACGUCAUCACGGACAUCAUAAUGAAUGAUUUUCAUGUCUAUGCUUAAAUUUGUUGUUGUAUGUUUCUAAUUUGAAUUUGACACUUAAUCUAUCGUAUGGAUUUUUGUAAGGCUUACUCAUUGAUACAGUUUUAUU